AUGAAAUCAGCCUUUUUUUUUAUAACUUUGAUUCUUGUAUUUCAAUGUAAUUUAAUUGAAAGUCGUAUUAACGAAGAUUUUGAGGAUAAUGAAUUCGCAGAAUUUGAAGAUUUUGAUGAGGAUGAAUUGGCCAGUGAAAUUAAAAAUAAAGGUAAUUUAGAAGUUUUGCACAAUUCUAAAGGAAAACUGGUCGUAGAAGAAGAUGAUGAUGAUGAUAUGGUUUUGGAGGAUGAAAUUGAAAAUGAUGAUGAUUCUGUUGUAGAGGAUGAAGAUAAUGAAUUUGAUCAUUUCAGUGAUGAAGAAGAAUUUGAAGGUUUCGAUACUGGUACUACCAAACCAGAAAAGAAAGAAGCUCCUAGAAUAACAAUAACUCAGGUGCCUCUACAUUUUAGAAAUAAUUGGGAUAGUUAUUAUUUAGAAAUGCUUAUGGUGGCCGGGUUGCUUGUUUACUUUUUAAAUUUUUUUACCGGAAGAAACAAAAAUCACAAACUUGCCAACAUGUGGUAUUACACUCAUAAAAAUUUAUUAGAAGAAAAUUUCACAUUGGUAGGAGACGAUGGUAAAAUAGAAAUAGAAAAUCCAGGUUUGGUAAAAGAAUCGGAAAAUUUGUUUACUCUAUGGUGUAGCGGAAGAAUGUGUUGCGAAGGAAUGUUGGUCGAGUUAAAAUUAUUAAAAAGACAAGAUUUAUUGUCUGUCAUUGCACAAAUUAUGAAACCAUCAAAUGAUCAAAUUCAUAUUAGAGUUGAUAUGAGUAAAGAGGACAUGGAUUCGUUUGUAUUUUGCAUUGCCAAUAGGAAAACGGCUAAUAAAUUAAGUAAAGAAAUGGCUGAUUUGAGUAUUUAUUGCCCUGAGAAAAAAUCUGGAUUUAAAUUUGGGGUACCUGAUAAUUUUAGUAUUAUGAGUGAAAUCGGUGAAGUAACAUCAGCCAUGUUGGAUUCGAAAAUAUUAGCAGUGCUAAAUAAAUAUAAUAAUUUAGUAGAGUACAUACAUUUCAGUGAUCAAUUUUCUGGACCUAAACAAACCGAUGAUACAAAUGUUAUAAAAUUACCUGAUGUAAAAAAGGUUCUGCUAUUUCAUUUUAACAUACCAAUAAGAGGUCACGGUACUCAAGAAGCAAUGGAACAAAUGAAACCCUUACUCCAAUUGGUUUUUUAUUGCAUGGAUAAAAUUAAACGUUACAAACUAAGCAAAGAGGCUAAGGCAAAAGCUGAUAAAAAUCGUUUAAGAGUCGAAGAAGCUUUUAUGAAAACGACACAUGCCGCAAGAGCAGAAGCAGCUGCGGCUAGACGUGAGGAAAAGAAACGACAAGAAAAGGAAAGGAUAUUGCAAGAAGAUGAUCCGGAAAAGCAAAGGAAAUGGGAAGAAAAGGAAAUGAAAAGACAGUUGAAGAAAAAAGCUCCAAGAAUAAAACAGUUAAAAGUCAAAUCCCUUUGA